AUGAAUUUAAAAAACUUAGGAUUUAAGUCUUUUUUUUCUGAUGAUAAGAAAAAUAAAAGUACAUUAUUUUCCUUUUCAUUCCGUAAUAUAUAUAUGUUGAUAUGUAUUAUAAGUGUGAUGUACGUAUCAUUUAUGAAUGUACAUAUGAAUGAUGAAAAUAAUACCUCAGAUUCAAAAUCCGUUUCAUUGGUUGAAAGAAAUUUAUCUGAAUAUUAUAUUGGUAGAUAUGGAGCACUCAGAAAUUAUUAUGGUCCAAUCAUUGGAGUAAAUAAAAAACAUUAUUCAGGAAAACAUAAUAAGGACACAAGCUAUGACGCACUAGAAGAAGAUUCUAAUGAUUCUGAAGAAGAUUCAGAAAAUGAUUCGGAGGAUGAAUCGGAAGUUGAAUCAGAAAAUGAAUCAGAAAAUGAAUCAGAAGAUCAAUCAGAAAAUGAUACAGAAAAUGAUACAGAAAAUGAAACUGAACAAGAAUCAGAAGAGCAAUCACAAAAUGAAUCUGAUGGCGAGUCAGAGAAUGAAUCUGAAGAAGAAUCAGAUGAUGAACCAGUUAAAAAAAAUGCCCCAAAAAACAAAGAGGAUACAAAAAACGAAGAAAAGAAAGAUUUAAGACAAGGAAAGGGUGACAUUAUUAGAAAAACAUUAAAUAAUACUAAUCCAAAUAAAGAUAAGUUUAAUGAUUCAAAUAAUAAGUUUAAGGCACCAUUAAAAAAUUUAAAUUAUAAUGAUAUUACAAGACAAUUAAAUAGUUAUGAAAUAAGUGACGUUAUUAAGGGAUUAAAAGAAAAUAUACCAAAUGAAGAUUUAGUUAAUGUAUGGAUUCAAACCUUGGGUGUAUGUAAAUCAGGAGGACAUGAUAUGAUAAGUAAUUUAAAAAAUUAUGAAAAAUCGUGUUUGUCUGAAUACAAAAAGAUCAUAUUACCACAUUAUGGUGGACCACCUAGAGAAAAAAAUCCUGAAGAAUAUUGGGAAAAAUGCUUAUAUGAUUUUGAAGUGAAAUUAUUAAAUGCAUCAUAUGAAUAUAAUAGUAAGUUUUAUGAAUUACUUAAUAAAAAAGAUAAACUUUUUAAAAUAAAAGAAUUCUUAUUUUCAUGUUUAGAUGAAUUUAGCAAUUUAAAAAAACAAUUAUAUAAAGAGUAUAAAAAUGAAUUAUAUGAUAAUAUUAUGAGAGCAUCUGGAAAGAAAUAUUCUAUAUUAAAAAUUAUAUAUAUAUAUAUAUAUAUAUAUAUAUAUUUAUCUAAAAGAGACAGUGAUUAA